AAGGAUUUCUUAAACAUGCAUGGAAAAAAUCAAAGCAACACUCCAGAUUGGACUUAAAUCAGCCGCAGCAAGGACGGCUCGGUGCUCUGGCUACAGGUCCAAGGUUGCUGCGAUAAUGAAUGUGUGGCAACAUUUCAGGCCACAGUGCAUAUUAAACCAGAACUCAGUGCAGAAACGUGCUCAAAGGAAAGACUUACUGAUGAGCGUUUACCUGGAACCUUCUAUUGUGACGCAUAAUUCCACACGGAACGUUUUGAUCGUUGCACCCGCGAGCUGUCAAGUCAACAGAAGUAGCUCCCAUCGUACCAGUGAGGAUGGCUCAGACAGACAGCAAGGUUCUGGUUCUGGGAGCGCUGGCCGGAGUGGCUGGCAUCAGCCUGGCCGUGGUGUUUUACCGCGGCUUAAGGUCCAAGCGAAGAGUCUCCUGGCCGGGCUUCUACCAGAACCGCACCAACGACCCCGGAUCCGGCCUGCUGCUGGUGGACGGCCCUGUUCUGCCCAGGGGUCAGGCCGAGGUGCUGGAGCGCCUGGAGGCCCUGAUCCAGUGUGUGUCUGAGCUGAAGGAAGAGAUGAAGGCGCUGAAGACCGCGCUGCCCUCCCUCCCGGACCAAGUCAGGGAGGAGCUGAAGGGCCACAGCGAGGCGCGGCGAGUCAGCGCCCAGCACAGGACGGCAGCGACGAGGAGGAAAAGAACAGCGGGCGCCGCUAGCAGCCCAGGCGGACAGAGCUCAGAGGACGCAGAGAGCGAGGGAGGGUACAUGACUGCGCUGACAGACUCCGAGGAUGAAGAGCAAAGCGAUGAAGAGCAAACUCAAGGCAAGCUAUCCGUCCUCCUCGACAGAAUCGACCGCUUGCGUCAGGGCGGCGAGUCGGACAAAAGGGAAAGUCUGAGCGUCCUUCUGGAGCAGAGAGACGAGUUUGGGCAGAACUCAGAGUUUCUGUGGCGGCUGACCCGAGCGUACUGCGACGUUCACGACGUUACCGUCACUCUGGAGGAGAAAAAGACUCAUGCAGAAAACGGUAAAGCGAUUGGUGAAGAGGCCAUUACAGUGAAUCCCAAAUGUGCUGAAAGUCAUCAGUGGUACGCCAUCAUGUGUGGAAUCAUGGCAGAAUACGACUCGAUACAAAACAAGAUAAAGAACGGUUACAUCUUUAAGGAUCACCUGGAUAAAGCCAUCGAGUUGAAGCCUCAGGACCCCCUGUCCUACUACCUGCUGGGCCGCUGGUGCUACGCUGUUGCUCAGUUGUCGUGGAUUGAGAGGAAAGUUGCUGCAACGCUAUUUGGAGAACCUCCAAGCGCCACAAUCGAAGACGCACUGAAGAAUUUUCUGAAGGUUGAAGAGAUUCAUCCGGCGUACUCGAAGCUGAACUAUGUGUUCCUUGCUAAGUGUUAUAAAGCUUUGGGGCAGAGCGAGAAGGCCAGGAAGAUGUGUGAAGCUGCAUCUUCCAUGAACACCGUCUCCAAAGAGGAUGAAGAAGCACAAAAGGAGCUGGAUUUACUCUACCCUUCAGUCAGAGUGUGAAAACGCUAAGGAACCAAUCUGAAGUUAUUUAUAUCUAUAUAUAUAUAUCUAUAUAAUAUGCAGGGGGAAACGAUGGGUGAAAAUAUCUGUUUGAUUCACUCUGUGAGUGUAACAAUAUCAUAUAUAUUUUUUAGUUUUCUUAUUCUAACGGUUAAUUCUCGUUUCUAAUCAUGAAAAAGUUCAUAUCAAUCAAUUUUUUUCCUAUAAUCUGAGUUUAUUCAUUUAUAUGCUGUGAUUAUGUAUGUGAUUUUUUUUUUUUUCUUGUACAUGCUCCAGACUUUAUACACAUGGGUGACGCAUUAGCGCCAUAUACACUGCAAAAACAAUCUUACCAAGUAUUUCUGGUCUAGUUUCUGGUAAAUAUCUUAGUACACUUUAAAUAAGACAAAACAAACUAACAAGUAACUUUUCAGCAAAAUGAAUAAGCCU